CAUCGUGCAGUUUUCAUAUUGGCUGAUUAUUUUUACUGUUGCAAUUAAAUAACAUUUUUGCAGGCGAAUCUUUGUGGAGGGCUGCUAAUGGGAGCUUUUUGUGUUAUUCUGCUCUAUGAGCACUCACCCCCCCUGUAUCAUGCGUAUAUUGCAAUGACAUUAUUUCUUUGGACACAAAUAUUAAGCGAGUACCAGUUUCUUCUAGCACUCUGGCGGUACCUGUGUAACAGGAAAUUUAGUUACUUUUUGAAGCUUACUGCAAUAUUUAUUUUUGCUAUCACCAUUCUUGAACUCCUGGUGAUAAGCUUUACUGAGAGAAAAAUCUAUACAUGGUGUUUUGUAACUUUUGGGGUUACAUCUUCUAUAUAUUUAUUCAAGUUAAUGCCACUGAGAUCUGGAGUGCCCAUCUUUUUGUGUGCUGCAUGCUGGUUUCUUUCCAUAUUUACUCUCAUGCCACCUGAAAUUCCUGAAAAUACUGUACUGGUAAUCACUGGUGGACUAAUGAUUAUUUUGAUUGGUGGAGCUGCUCGAUAUGUAGAAGUGCACACUAAAGAUAAUGAAUAUUGGUUUGGUCUCAUUCCUCUCGAUUUAAGGAUGUUCCGGAUUCCUUUGCUCUUUCACUUACAGAUCCUUUUGGUUGGUUUAUCAUCCUUUAUGGUCUGGUUGUCAACGUCCCAUAGAAUGGAAAGGCAAGAGUUGCACGGACUUCACCAGUUGAUUAAUUGGUCCAUUGCUGGUUUUGCAAUGGUCCUUCCUCUAUUUUCAGCACCUGCCCUCUUGCCUCGGCUUACUUCCAUAUUCCUUGGUUUUGCGCCUCCAUUCUUGCUAUUGUCAAUUGGAUAUGAAGCUCUUUUUUAUGGUGCUCUUGCUCUUGCACUUAUGGGCUGGAUAUUAUUUGAGAAUGCUAAUCUUUACAUACUCAAGGGGAAACUGUCACCAAAUGCAUUUGAAGUAACGGAGGAUAGCAUGUAUCUUCCAGAGUAUGAUAGAUAUCUGGAGUUAUCCGAUAUAAGAAUCCCACUAGUCUUUAUGGCCUUUUUCAAUGUUGCAUUUUUUGGAACGGGUAACUUUGCAAGCAUUGCCAGUUUUGAGAUAUCUUCUAUCUAUCGGUUCAUCACAAUUUUCAGUCCGUUUUUGAUGGCCGCACUCCUAAUUUUCAAAUUGCUCAUACCCUUCAUACUUGUGAUAUGUGCAUUUAGUGCAAUAACUAAGUUGAUCCGUGUUCCACUAGUGGGAUGCUAUUUUCUCGUUAUUUUGUGCUCCGAUGUAAUGACGAUCCAUUUCUUCUUCUUGGUACGAAAUACAGGAAGCUGGAUGGAAAUUGGCAACAGCAUUAGUCAUUUUGGAAUUAUGAGUGCUCAGGUUGUGUUUGUGUUGUUGCUCUUUGUUCUCACAAGCAUAUAUACGAAAGACAUCCGGACCAAACCAGCUCGUAGUGUUUUGCAGAAAGAAAUGUGAUUCAAAUACAUAUCUUAUCAUUCUCGUUUUUUUUAGAAUUAUUGACUCUCUUACAAUGUACGGAGUAGUAUCUAUUCAUACGUUUUCUCAACCUACUAAAACACAAAGAAUCAAUGCUGUUGAGUUCC